ACCGAGGAGGAAAUGACGCCAUUGCGCCUAUUCUCUGCCGUUUUAUGCACCCUAUGCCUAUCCGCAAGCGCGACUCGACUCCCUUACAACGGGUUGCUUCCUGGAAGAACCAUGUUGACGUUGGAUAAGUCGCAUGCUGAAAGCGGAUUCUUGCGGCUGAGAGGAGGCGGAGGAGUACAGUACUUGCACACUCUAGAUGAGUUUGAAGCGAAGCUCAAGGAAGCCAAGGAUAAACUCGUUGUCGUAGAAUUCACAGCUGCCUGGUGUGGGCCAUGCAAACGAAUCGCCAGCAAGUAUGAAGAAAUGGCUUUGGAGAACCCCAACACGUUGUUUUACAAGGUAGAUGUGGACGAAAACUAUGAAACUGCUACCUCUCGCUCGAUCUCUUGUAUGCCAACUUUUCAGUUCUUCGUCAAUGGACAGUGUAUGGACGAUGUGGUUGGAGCAGACAUUGAAAAAGUCCUUGAAAAAGUGAAGAAGCAUGCGCGAGUUGCCGCAUGAAUGCCUGGGCGAAGAUAACAGCACCUGCUGAACAAGGAGGGACGACUAUGGAGCUAUGAAAUUAGUAUCAUUUCCAGACAGCAGAGCAGAGUUAGGGGACAGGAAUGAUUGAAGACUCGCUUUAAAUUUGAGCCCGUCACAUUGACGAAGCUCUCAGGCAGACCGGAAUGUGACUGCCGGGUUUUAUAACUUAGUAAAGUUUUAUAACUUAG